CUCAUUUUAUAAGUAUGGUCAUUUUGCCAUCGGACUCGAUUUUAAUAUUGCAUGUUCGUCAAUAAAUUUGUUAAAUUUAUUUUAUAUUUUUAUUAAAGUUAAUUUUAUUUUGUAAGCGUUUAUUUUAAAAUCAAAAUGCCGCCCAAGUUUGAUCCAAAUGAAGUUAAAGAAGUAUUUAUGAGAUGUGUUGGUGGAGAAGUUGGUGCGACAUCUUCACUUGCUCCUAAAAUUGGUCCUUUGGGUUUGUCUCCAAAGAAAGUGGGUGAUGAUAUUGCCAAAGCUACCUCUGAUUGGAAAGGUUUGAAAAUUACUGUAAAACUUACUAUUCAAAACAGGGUAGCUACAAUUUCUGUAGUACCAUCAGCAUCAUCUUUAGUAAUUAAAGCUUUGAAAGAACCACCUCGUGAUAGAAAGAAGGUCAAAAAUGUGAAACACAAUGGGAAUGUCACUAUGGAUGAGAUAAUUAAUAUUGGUAGAACGAUGAGGUCUAGGUCUAUGGCUAGAACAUUAGCUGGAACUGUCAAAGAAAUUUUAGGUUCAGCUCAGAGUGUUGGGUGCACAGUUGAUGGUAAACCUCCACAUGAUAUUAUUGAAGCAAUUGAUGAUGGUUCUGUUACCAUCCCUGAAGAAUAAUUGUAAUUUUAUUUUGUAAUUGAUGACAAAUAAAUAUGGAUUAUAUUAAAUUAA